UGACGUAGAAAAUUUAUGUGUAGAUCUGACGUCAUCUCCACGUUGUCAAAUGGCUAGAAGUUGUUGUCAUGGAUGAUUCUUCCAAGUUACAGGGAUUAGAAGGUCGUAUUGAGGUUCCAGUUGUAGAGACACAAAGCUUCAAGAAUAGAAUCAUGGCGUUGAAAUUAUCAAAUGUUUCUGCUAGAGAAUGGUUCCAAAAAACACGGGAAGGUGUCAAAUCUUGGCCAGAAUUUAUAAAAACAGAUCGUUUCAAGUUACCACAAUCUGUAGCACCUGUUCCAAAAAGAAUCGUUAAAAAUAUUGAAUAUUUUCAAGGAAAUUACAUGUUUAUAUUUCUUGGAUUAUUAAUCUUUUGUAUUUUAACAUCUCCCAUGUUACUAGUUGCUAUUGGAGCCUGUCUUGGAGCCUGUUAUAUCAUUAGUUUAAAAAAUGCUGAUAAAAAGAUGUCAAUCAUGGGUCGUGAAAUUAGUGUAGCACAACAGUAUGCAGCAGUUGGAGUAGGAUCGUUCCCACUAUUUUGGUUAGCAGGAGCGGGGUCUGCAGUGUUUUGGAUCAUAGGUGCAUCAUUUUUUGUGAUAAUGGCCCAUGCUACUCUAUACAGACCACAGAUUGAAGAUGGUGAUGGAUUUGAUAUUGAGAUGCAGAGUGUAGAAACUGUAUAAACAUUAUAUCAGUAAAAACAGGGUGUGCAUGGUAUCAAAGAAGCGAUGUUAUAAUGGCAGAACGUGUGGAGAUGUGAUACAAGACAUUUUCUAUACAUCUUCAGUUUAUACAUAUCUACUGCUUUGAAGCUUAAAUGCACAUACAGAUUUUGAUUUCUGUGCAAUUUAAAGAUUUUGUUUGUCAGUUAUCAGGAAUUAAAAUCUCCAAACAUUUGAAGCAGUGCAAUCCUUGAAUUAUCUUAACCUCCAUGAUAAGGUGUCAAACUUAUUGGAUAAAUGAAUGAAAGUUUUAUGGAUAUUAUUGGAAUGAUAUAACUGCAAUAUAGUGAACAAACUUGUUUAGUCAAAGUAAAUCACAUGUAUUUAUCUUAACCUCAAUGAUAAGGUGUCAAACUUAUUGGAUGAAUGAAUGAAUGAAUGAGAGAACGAAUGAAAGUUUUAUGGAUAUUAUUGGAAUGAUAUCAACUGCAAUGUAGUGAACAAACUUGUUUAGUCAAAUUCAAUUACUCGUAUUUUGGAUGGGGUGUAUAGAGAAAUAAGAAAGGAUCUUGUUUUUGAAUUAAUGAAAAAAAAAUAUGUAAUGAUUGAUGAAACAGGAAAGAUAUUAACAGAAUCUCAAUUUAUGAGAUGGGAACAUAAUGAAAAUAGGGAACACAGGGUCUCAUUUUUAAUGGUUAUGCCUUUUCAUUGGUGCUGACUUAAGAAAGAUGGUGCCCUUUAACUCUUUUAAAGUUAGAUUUUAUGGGGAAAAAAGCCUGUAUGUUUAUUUUUACAAAAUUUUAACUUUUACUCAGAUUCUGAUGAGAAUUCUGUCAUACAGAUGCUUCAUAUUGUCGUAUUUAUAUCACAUGUCAUCUGGAUUGUUAAUGUUAUUCUAUAAAAGUAUUAUUAUGAAUCUUGUUAGUUUACAAUGUAUUAUUAUUUUUAUGUUUCUGUAUUGAAAAUCAUUACAUAGUCUUUUAUGCAAUAGACAAUUUGAUCAUUAUGGUGUUUUGUUUAAUGAAAUAAUGCUUGAAAGUUGGUGCCAAUUAGUAGUAACACAUUUAAUUCCCUUCCUAGUUGUUAACUCUUGCAGUUCGGAGCAGAACAUUAGGAUGUUAAACCCUAUUUCAUUUCUUGCUUUUCAGAGUAAUUUAUAGUCACACAGGAUUACUAAAUUCUAACAAAAUAGAAAAUCUUGCAUGAAGGUCAUAGCAAUAAUCAUAUUUCUAAUUUGAAAACCACAAAAAUAAAUAAAUAAAUAUGUGUUGUGAAUGAGACAGGAGUCGAAAUAAUACUAAGUAAUACAUCCUUAAUUAUAUAUAUAUAUAUAUAUAUAUAUAUAUUGGUAUUGAUCUGGAUUGAGUUAGGCCAAAGGUUUCUGGACCAAUGCUCUGAGGGCAAAAGAGGUCAGGUGAUAAUUAUUUAUUAAGAGGAACUUGUGUGAUAAAUUUUAUUAAGAGGCCCAUAACUUAAUUUGCACUCUAGAUAACCUUUUAUUUACCCCUGGGUUCUCCCAUUCAUGACCUGUUCAGUUAUGUAUUUAUCAUGAAAUGGUAGCCAAACCUAGGUGUUGUAUUCAGCUGUAGAUUCAUGACAUCCACAGUUUUGGAAAGUUAUUUUUGUACAUCUGUUAUUCUAAUUAAUAAAAUAUAUAUUACUUGUAUAUGUUGGUUAUAUGAAAUAAAAUAUUGGGUUCAUUUA